CGGGCAGGAAGCUCUUCGGUGCUGAGGAAAGGCCGCCAUCAACUGCACAGAAGAGCAGGACAACAAGAUAUGGAGUCAGUCUGCCAUCAACCCUGCAAGAGGGCGGUUUCGACAGAUGAUAAGUACGCGGGCGCAUCCCUCAUCGCGCGUUUCGAUUCGUCCUCUGCCACUCCAUAUCACCAACCAGGCGCCUAGCAAGAAGCCCCCAACUCCAUCGCAUUCUAUCCUGGGGACUGGGAACAAUCAGCAGGCGGCUUUUGAAACACCAAUCUCCACCAUGCACCUGGAAGCGUCUCAUGUCUAAGGCUUCACUGCAGGUUGUGGGUUGGAACUUGAAUUCCUGGCGAACAGGUGCGACCCGAGCCGUCGUUAAUCACCAACGUUUGAAGAUAUACUUGACUCGACUUCAGGUCGUCCACGAUAAGGGAGCGAUCUCGCGGGAUGCUGCCAGCGUUACCUUGUGCUACAUGGUACUGAGUACUUUUGCAGACUGACUAGGAUGUCGUGCCCCUGGCGAGAAUUCGAUCCUGGUCGAUGUUGCAGCCAUGCACGCCGCCCGACUCAGCCCAUCUGCCCAGGGAAGAGACGGCAGCUGUCUCAGGUCAAGGUCGAAGAUAACAGCAGUGGUCGAUGCUCGGCGCUUCUUCCAGUCGCAUAUCCCUUAAAUGGAGCUGUAGAGGCCGAGCCUCUCUUAUUGUCCACUCCAAUAUCAGGAUCAAGCGGUCUCUAACCAUUCCUCACAGCCAUCCAUGCGCAGCAUUACUCUCACAAACAGAUACUACGGGAAACAAAGGGUGGGAAGGUGGCAGGUUCAAAUUCUCUUGGGCUUAUCACUGUUUCCCAUUAUAUGCCAUGCCCACGAAAACAAAUCGAAUGCGACUGAGCCGGCUCCUUCAAGUUGUGCUCAAGGUGCCGAUUUACAGAGCAAUUUCUCGUCAUCAUCAAGUGUCAAACAUUGGGUGAACCAGCCCAACUACCGCGGGACAUUUGAUAUUCUCUGGACAUCAAUUGUGACGAUAUUUAUCAGCACGUAUAGCAUGUUGUGCCUCAAUGUGCCUGCUCCCAAAGACAGCUUUAGAACCCGAUUCGGUCGCCGUCUCUUGUGGAUGGCUCUCGGUAUCUUGGGCCCGGAGUUUCCUCUCACAUAUGCUGCGGGCCAAUGGAGUCGAGCGAAACAAUCCGUCAAGUCCUUCAAGAAGUACAGUUACACGGACUGGCAUAUGCGGCAGGCGUUUUUUGCGGACAUGGGUGGUUUCAUUUUCCACGCUCGCGACGGCGAACCCUUCCCACUCAACGCAACCCAGCUUCAUUGGCUUGUCGUCAACAAAAUGGUCGAAUAUCCGGCCAUUACCCGCAAAGAAAUCUGGGACAAAUCUAAGCAAGACACAUUCACCAAGGUCGUCACGGCAUUCCAGAUUGGCUAUCUGAUUAUCCAGUGUAUUGCUCGUGCUAUCCAGGGCCUGGCAAUUACGACCUUGGAGCUGAAUGCACUCGCCAUCGUCGUCUGCUCACUCAUGACAUCUUGUUUCUGGCUUCAUAAGCCCGCGGACAUCCAGACACCCGUCCACAUCCACUCCUCCCUCUCACUUGCCGAGAUCACGCUCGACCGUGAAUGGAGCCUAACGCCUCUAGACUUCGUCGAUGAAAAUGGCCCUGGAUAUUCUGUCAAUGUACAACCUUUCAUGAAGAUGCCGGUCAUUCCUGCAGCGCGGCCGAUUCAACGAAUUCCCAACGACAGAUUCCCAACGAAUCCAUACGGCAUACAAGAAUACUUUUUAUGCUUUGCUACUUUGCUUUUCACAGCUAUUCAUGUCGCCGGCUGGAGUUUUGAUUUUCCGAGCCGCACCGAGCGGCUUCUCUGGCGCACUUGCUCGCUCUUGCUUUUCGGUAUCACUGCUGCAUUCUGGGUCUUUGAAACCGCGGCAUCAUGGACUCGCUUGGGCCGAUGGAGGACGAUAUAUUUAUUCAUCUUCAACCGAAAAGCAUUGGCGGAGCACAGGAUUCGCAUGUCCCAAAGAUCAACCACAAUGAAGAGACGGUCCAACCAAUUACCAUUACCCUGGGAAUUUGCAACGAUCACGCCGUUGGCGAUCAUAUACGGGGUGGCCCGGUUCUAUUUGAUUGCAGAGGCGUUUGCAGAGUUGAGAGAUGUGCCAGGGACAGCCUACCUCAACAUACAAUGGACAGAUUUCAUUCCACAUGUAUAGCCAAGUGGCAUAUAACAAGGGGCGCGGCAGUGGAAGUUCAGGGGGAUCAUAAAAUCCACGCAGGCGACCACAAACGAUGCACUGGCGAAAUACGCAUUUGAGCUGUAGGAUGAAUACUA